AUGGCGCAGCUGCUGCGCGGCGGCAAGCACAAGCUGUGCGGCCCAGCGCUGAACGAGGCCAUGGACGUGGUCUGCGUCAACGGCUACAAUACGAUACCGAAGAAGCGUUUUGUGGCCGGCGACUCGCCGCUGGAGCCAGAUCUCGAGUCGCCCUCGCUGGAGCAGUCGCAUCAGGGCUUUGCGCUGAGUCCCUUCCUCUCCAGCCUCUAUGGCACCGAGGUGCUGAUCAAGACGCGACGUCUGCGGCGCCAAGGCGGCGGCAUCUAUGACGAAUGCUGUCGCAACUCCUGCACCCGCUCGGAGCUGAUGGCCUACUGUCGCUAGUAAGGGACAGACGCAGACAGACGCACACUCACACACACACAUAUAGUCAC